AUGUUUGAAGAAAGCACUGCAAUCAUAAUGGCCAACAAUUCCAUAGAAAAAAUUGGUGACAUAAAAUGUAAUUCAUACGUCCGAUGUGAGGAUGGUUCAGAUAGUCGUGUAACAAGUGUAGCAAAAGCUACUCAAACAGUAUAUGAAAUAGUUCAAAGAACAAAACAUAGAGCUAAUGAAGGUGAGCCUGGAAGGUCUGAUCCGCUUCGUAAAAAGGUUUUCCAAAGAAUUCAAUUGAAAUGCACAGCGGCUCAUGAACUUAAUCUUAUGGUUCCUAUCAAAGCAACAAUUGAAAAUUCGUUUAAGAGGCAAAAAUAUUCUGUUAGAUGGACACAGUUUGAAAAGUUUCAAACUUUGGAUGGUCGAGUAAUAAUGAUUCCAAAGAAUCAUCACAAGGACUUUCCAAUGGAUUCAGAUGGAGAGAAAGCUGCCAAGCUAAUGAAGGAUGAUCUAAACUUAUUAUAUGGAAAUCGUUUCAUAUUCAAUUUACAACUAAGGGAUUUGGAUUAUUUAGAUGGUCAAACACGAGCUGCUGUUUCAUUACGGUAUUGUCCCAUAUUAACAGGUAAUGGAAUAUUAUCUGAAUUUUUGACAGGCCAGCCUCAUUUAAUUACUUCUGCUACCUUAAGUAUGGCAUGGUUGUUGGGUUUAUGGUUAGGUGAUGGAACUACAAAAGAACCAGAAAUAACGGUGGACAGUUUUGAUCAGACUCUAAUGGAGAGUUUAAAAGAACAAGGUUAUCUCUGGGGACUUUAUCCUUAUUAUAAAGAUGAAGCAGUUCCUUUACGUGCCAAACAUGUUCGAUUAUAUUAUGGAGCUGGUCCAUCCAACAAACGAAAAGUGAGGAAUUUAAGAAGAGACAAUCCAUUCUGGAACACGGUGAAGGGUCUUAAGUUCAAGAGGGAAGAUGAUGGACAUAAGCAACUACCAGAAUUCAUGUGGAAUGAAGAUGUGGAAAUCAGGGAAGCGUUCUUGGCUGGGUUAAUAGAUGCUGAUGGUUAUGUUCUUAAAGAAAAACGUGCCGAUAAAACUUAUGUCGUCACAAUUCAAACAAUAUACCAUUCUAUUAUGGAAGGAGUAGUGAACAUAGCGAGGUCGCUUGGAAUGUGGGCAACUGUAACUACUCGAUCCGCCAGAACGUCCACCAUCAUUGGCCGCCAAGUUACGUGUCAAUUUACUUAUGACAUCUCAAUAUCGGGAACAACGCCAUUACAAAGUGUUCUCGCUUACUGCAGAAGUGGGCAUAAGAGGAGGGAAGCUCCAAAGCAUGUCUCCAGAGAACCUAUUUAUUUUAAGUUCACUGAAAAAGUUAUUGGUCAAAGUAAUGUUGUGGGACUAACUAUUGAAAAUCAUAAGCAGAAUAUUCUCCUUGCUAACAAAGUCGCCGCACGAGUUUGCACUGAGAUAUGUGAUAAAGAUCAGCCAAAAAUAUCCAUCACGAAGAAUCUGAAACACUGUAUUGCAUGCCCAAGAACUGGUGUUAGAUAUUUUUACAGAGAUUGGACUGGUAAUCAUCGCGUAUGUGCUAGAUGUUAUUGUCGUUAUAAAUUUAGUGGUUACCGGUGUUUGAACUGUAAGUACAUUCCAGAGGCGCGGGAAGUCAAAAAGGCUAAAAUCAAAGGGGAAAAACUUGGAAAUACAAACAAUGGUGAAUUAGUAAGAGGUCUCGACUGUAACAGAUGUGGUGGAAUCUUAACGUUUGAUGAAAUUAGAGGCACCAGACAUCAUCGUGUUAAUACUUUGAACUGA